AUGGCGCAGCGAAUCAACCUCAGCGACGAUGGCGCAAGCUUCAUUGCCUUGGAUUCCAUCCCAGAAGACCUCAAGAAAUACGGCACAGAUGCCUUUGAUACCCUCUUCAAUCUACAUCCUGAACAACGAGGCAAAAUUCAGAUGCCAGUUGGCGAAUUGGUGUCACCUCGCUGGCACAAAAGCUACCUCAAUACCCCAACCUACGACCCAGCAUUGCACUUCAGCUACAUGUUCUCAGGCCAAGACAAUUCAGGCAUCCACGACCCUCUUCCAGACGCCUUCUUGCCUUUUCUGGAGUACGUCAACCGAGACAAUGCUGGAUACAACCAGGUGGUGAUCAAUUGGUACAAGGACGGAAAAGACUAUACAGCGCAACAUAGUGAUUGCGAAGAGGGCAUGGAGGAAGACGCAGACAUUGUGAUCAUUUCGCUGGGCGAUGAGCGAGUGUUCAAGAUCCGACCAAAACAAUCGCUGCAUGCAGAGGAUCUCAAAGUCCCUUGCCCUCAUGGAUCUGUUCUGACCAUGGGUGGUCAUACACAAAAGUCCUUCCGUCAUGGAGUUCCCAAGUCUGUUUCCAAGGAACCUCGCAUCAGCAUCACGUUUCGGAAAUUCAAGAAACAGCAAUGA